CCUGGGGGAACAAGAGCUAAACUUAUCUAAGGGUGAAAGACAGAGCUUGGACAAAAGUUGCGGCAAAGUUCAACUCCCUUCCUUCCUCACCGGCAGCCACAGGAGGUCUAUUUGACCACCUUGAAGAGAAGGAAAAGCCACAAGAGAUAUCUGAGCUGACAAAGCAUCACUUAAUGACAUCUGGUUCCUGUAACUGUCACCUGAUACUGGACAGCAAGAAGUUUAGAGCACUUUGUUCUGCCCAAUGGCUUACUUCCUGUCUUACUGCAAAGGCCACUGUAAAACUGUGCUGUCUCAGUACCAAACCCUCCGAGCUGAAGGCUUGCUAUGCGACAUUUUGCUGAAGGUGAAAGAAAAUGAGUUUCCUGCUCACAAGUCUCUGUUGGCCUGUUCUAGUGACUAUUUCAGGGCCAUGUUCAAGAGUUAUACCAAAGAAUCCAAGGCAGCCAUCAUUCACCUGCACGUCAUCUCAGCCACUGGUUUGCAACAUGUGCUGGAUUUCAUUUAUACCUCCUGGUUGCCUUUGUCAUUUGCCAGUUUGGAAGAUACUUUGGAAGCUGCUACUUACUUGCAGGUAACUGAAGCAAUUGGCUUGUGCAGCCAAUAUCUUUCUACCAAUCUUACUCUGGAGAACUGCUGCUUUUCUGCCAAUGUUGCCACAAAAUUCUAUCUUCCAGAUGCUUUAUCAGCGGCACAAAAGUUUCUUAUUGUCAACCUGUGGAAGCUCUUGGACCUGGAUUUUGCAGGACUUCUGGAACUGAACUUUCAGUCACUGAAGGCAGUAGCAGAAUCUCCUGAUGUUUCCAUGGUAAAAGAAUCUCAUUUGCUAGAUUUGUUACUGAAGUGGCUGAAACAUGAUGCACGGAGAUUAGCACAUACAACUAACCUCCUGGAACAUGUAAGAUAUGGUCUGAUUCCAGUGGAAGAGCUAAGAAAAAUCUAUACUCAGUCAGAAGUGCCUCUAACAGCUCCCAUCAAAUGUUUAAUUAUUAAAGCAAUAAACUAUCAUUCAGUUAUCUUUAAACAGCCUAUCCUGCAGGAUAAGUACAGCACUUUGCGAAACCAGAAGACACGGAUUAUACUGCUUGGAGGAAUGAUUGCAAAUGAAGGACCUUCCAAAGAUGUGGUGGCUUUUGACGUUUACAAUCACAAAUGGCAAAUUUUAACUCAGGCGCAGGACAGAGUCCAAAAUCACUGUGUGUGCACUAUUGGAAACUUUCUGUAUGUACUAGGUGGAGAAAUAGAAGAUUUGCAAUGUGAUCCUAAAAGCCCCACGUCAACAGUUACAAACAAAGUCCGUCGCUAUGAUCCCAGGUUUAACAAUUGGAUACAAACUUCAGGAAUGUUGGAAAAAAGAUGCCAAUUUUCUUGUUGCAUCUUUGAUAACAAGAUCGUUGCAAUUGGUGGGAAAGGUGAUGGUGGAUCAAUGCAUUCAUCUGUUGAAGUCUACAAUGUUGGUAGAGACACAUGGACAAAAGUUCGAGAUUUGCCACACAAAAUGCACGGUCAUGCUUGCACUGUUUGCAAGGACAUCAUUUAUAUAUCAGGCGGCAAGUAUGCAGAUCAAAGUAACACAAGUAAGGAUUUGUAUUCCUUGAGUACACUAGGAGGAGGAUGGGAAAAGCAAGCCUCAAUGAGCGUUGCUCGCUUUGGGCAUCAGAUGGCCACAAUCAGAGAUACCGUCUAUACUUUUCUGGGGCUUUAUGAACCAUUCUCUGAAAUUGAAAAAUACAAUCCUGACCAGAAUCAAUGGACUCGACUAAGACCACUGAUUUAUGAUCGAUUUAGUUAUGGUUUAGCGAUAGUGGAGGAAACUGCCCUUCUCAUUGGGGGGAAGAAAUGGCAAGACUCCCAGGAGAUUCCAACUCAAGAUGUGGUGGGCUAUGAUAUAGACAAUGACUGUUGGGAAGACAUCUGCAAGGCCUUGUUACCUUGGUAUGGAUUACAGUGUGCAGUGCUACAGCUUUCUGAAUCAGAGGAUGCUAAAGACAUUCAGCAGCAGAAGAAACCAACUGCCGAGGUCACAUCUCAUUGAAACUUGAUCCAAAAGGAUAAUUCAAAGGGCACAACAUCUUCAGGAUUUCUAUAGAUUAAAAACUUAAUUUUAUUUUUAAGAGGUAAUGUUGUAAAACAGCAAAUGUGCUUGAACUUUAUGAUAUUUCAAAGCACACUCAAAGUUGCUUGGGUCACAGAUCAAAACUGUGUUGCCAUUAAAAGUUGUAAAUUAGUACAUGUGCAGAUAAUUUGUCUUCACUGAUAAAUUGGGAAUGGAUGCUUGAUUAGAGAACAGGUGGCAUAAAAGAGAAUUCUGGUAAUCCAACUUUUAAAUAUUCUUGAUUCAAGAAUUAAGAUGAAAGGAAAACUUAUUCCUGUGUAUUAGCUCUUGGCCCAUCAUUAAAAUGCAUUUUUAAAGGUUUGUAUAUUAUAGGGCUAAUUUAAAAUGGGAAUGGAAGAAAGAUGAAGAUGUCAUUAAAGGCUUUACCCCCUAAGAAUGCACCUUUUGACAGUUUGGGAAGCAAGCAGGCUGUUAAACAAGGAAAAAUGACAAGUAGUCAUUUUCUCCCUCUGAUUUGACUUCAUGACAUUAUAUAGACAAAGCUAAUUGCUUUAUCUUGUUAUCAGGAAGUCUAUUUAGCACAAAGGCCUUUGGUUCCAUGAUAUUGCCACACAGUCUAAUCUGAUUGACUGUAACAGCAUUACACAAGGGCAUCGCCUGCGUGAUGCCUUCGUUGACAUGCAUCAUCUCAGGGCAGCACCAAUUGGUUAGUUAAAAGUGGUGCUGAAUAUCCAAACUGGACACCGCAUGCCAAAAAGAUAAGUGAGAGUUUUCAAUCCCCAGAGCUUUGCUCCCUGCUGUUAUUUUGGUGAAAUUAUUGGAGCGAAAUUAUUGGAGCAGCGCACCUCAAUGAAAAAUUACACUAACAUUAACUGCUAAAUUAAAGCCAAAAACUUAUCAGUAUGUGAAAUUAUUAUAAGAUUGAGUAGACCGUGCAGCAGUGGUGUCCCAAGCUAUUCAAGAAAUAAUAUUCUGCAUUAUCUGCCCUUCUGGAUCAAGCUAGAGGGAUUUUUUCCCCCAAGACACUAAUAAAAGCUGCCUAUGCAUAUCUGAAUCACACAUCUUUCAACGAGGGGGACAACUUGUUCUUUUGGCUCUUUUGACCUUAUUGCCAUAGUAAGACAAUUAUAAACUGUAUAGUUUUAAGCUACACUGAUUGACCAAUAAGGUUUGCAAGCGUGAUACUUUAAUGUAUAUUUAAUUUAAUUUAUAAUUACAAAAAUAAUUUAUAUUUUGAAAUUACUGUGAAACUCAUUUUACAUGAUUAUUAGUAUGAAAUGUCCUAUCCAACAGACAUGAGAAAGCUCUCUAGGCUACAUUGGCAUCAUUUCAAGCUAAACCAUCUUGCAAGAGGAAGACUGUAUGUUAUAAUGCUGCCUUCACCAAGAUAAUCUGUAGGCAGAAUAACAUAGCAACAGGUCACCAUCGUGAUGGCCAAGUCCUGAAAAUAUGUCGGCAAGACCUUGCUCUGUCCAUUGUGGUACAGCCUGCUAGGAAGAUGCAGUAUAUGCUCAUUCCAAAUUCCUGUACAAUUCCCCACAUAGUCACAAGUUACUCGCACAAGUACCAGGCCCGUUGCUAUCAUUCUCCUACACAGAAAAUACUUUGGCAUAAUAAGAAACAAGAAUAACUUAUUUUAUCUUGAAUAAAUAAGUAAUUUUAAAAAAAUAAAGGAGUUUCUAAGCUUGUUCUAUCUGUUGCUGAUAUGUGGGGUUUUCUGCUUUAUUGUUUAGGAUCUUGAACAAUGUAUUUGCUGUUGAUCAUGAUAAGAAUUAUACUGUGGUUUUAUGGCAUUAUUGUAUUUUUUUAUCUGUCAGCCAACUGUUGAGUCGUUUGGGACUGUGUUGCAGGGUCAGAAGUAAUAAAACAGUAAAAAAUGUAUGUGGGUAAAUUUUAGCCAAUGCAUAGGUGUGUGAACCUGUGGUUGGUCACACUUUCAUGCAUAUGUAGAUGCCGUGGAAAGCCUUGAAUCAUCUCAGGUUCUUGGCACGUGUGAACUGACAUAAAUAGGCAUGUGAGCAAUUGGUAAAAGUGCAAAUCUGCUUUUAUUCACCCCGCAAGGACUUUAUGUGAAUUGAAGUAUAUGGAUGGAAUGCAAUGGAAUUCAUAGCAUUGCUCAGCCCAUGCGACCUACCCCAUCUUCCCUUUCUAUCCGGAGAAAUAGCAGUCUGCAGGCGUCUGCAUUUGUCUGCAUGUUAUUUUGAACUUCCUAAUCAUUAGGGAGGUUAUGGAACAAUAUCCAUUUAAAUUAAAGAAUUUGUAAAUGUAACAGGAAGAUUCUUGUAGGACUCUUAAGCAAUCCUUCCUUGUGAAGCUCAGUUUUGAAGGUAUUUCUGAAAUUUUCUAAUUCAUUUGCAUUAUCUAUUUAUCAAAUGGAAGGGUGGGGAGAGAAAGAGGCCCAACAAGAGUCUAAAACCAAGGUUUAGACCAAAUAUCAAGAUUCAUUUCAGGUCAAGCAUUUUUAUGUGAGAAAUAUACAAAAUUGCACAAAUGAUAACAAACAAGUCAUGCAGUCAAGUUUUUUUUUUUAUACAAACAAAUUUUCUGUAGAUGAUAUAAACAUUGUACUAGACCUGGAAUUCUAUACAAAUCUUAAUGCACGAUUUGUCCAUUCAGGCUCAACUGAAUACAGACUUACGGAAAAUUAGCUGCAAAAAGGCCACUCUCCUGUACAGUUGUGCAAAGUCUGCAAGAUGCUUGCAAUCCAAAAUGCAGUUAUAAAGAAAUAAUCCUUUGAUCCUUAUUUUAGUCUGGAGAGCAGAAAAAUAUCAGUGCUCUCAAAGUUUAAAAGUACAUUCACUGAGCUAAACAGGCUAUAGCUGGAAGCUAGCUGAGAGAAUACAACCUCUUAGAAAGAAUCAUUUUAAAAGACUUACCCUCUUUGUGUCAGUAUUUAUCAGUUCAUAUCUCAACUCCUCACAUGUGAAGAAAAGCAUUCAGAAGACAUGUGAUCGUUUUUGUCAUGCUAAGUCAUGACAAAAAUCAAGGUGGUGAUGAAGGGCGAAAAUAAGUGAUUUAGAAUUUGCCUCUUACAUCCUAAACCAGGAACAGAUGAGGUUCACCACACAUAUGUCUACCUCUGCAGUACUCCCACUUGUUGGGAGAAUGGCCAUAUUAAAUGGGACUAAUUCUCAGGGCUAAAUCUGUGGCAUGCACAUCCUUAAAUAAAUGCAGCCAGUCUCCUAAAAUGUGAUGUCGUAUCGUGGCAGUAGAUUCCUUUGCAAGCAUCUGGACUGAACUUGAUGACUUUGAAUUCUAUCAGAAAACAACCUGAUUUUUUUAUUUUUAUUUUUUGCUAUGCUUACACCAGGGCAAUUCUGACUAAAGGCUGCUUGGACAACACAGUAUUCUCAAGCUUUGGAUCACCUUCUUUUCAAGGGUUAAGAUAUGCGGGGCAAAUGGCAGCCUUCCUUUCCCCAUUACCAUGCUUCACCUGCUAGCAUCCUCAUGCCCUUCCUUGCUACCAUGGAGAUGGCUUUGAUCUUCAGCCCAGCUGCUAUGGGGAGGACAUCCACCUGUCCACCCUAUCCUCACAUGGGAGCCAUCAGCUCAUGCUUGCUGUUGCUCUGUGGAAGGAGGCGGCAAAAUGAGUCAGAGCUUCUCAAUUUCAUCUCAGCUUGCCCCUGAAACAGCAGCAGAAGUUAACGGGGAGAAAGUUGUGCUAAUGUUAUAUUCCCACCCUCUCCCUAAAGCAUGUCAGUGCAUCGUACUAUAAUGUAGAGAUACUGAUACAAGACUGACAUGGAUCAUACUUUCCCCCUUUAUUUUUGCACCCCGGCUAUAGAUUCCAUAGGUUUAAAUUAGGGACAAGGGAUCACUUCUGUAACAAUUUCACCUCUGUCAUCCUUCCUUGAAAUGAACUGAACUUACUAUAAUUUCAGUUCCAGAAGCAAAGGAUGACUGUUCAGAAGACAUAAUGGGAAAGAUGGCCAGAGAAUGAGGAGAGACGGGAAUACACACUGUGAUUAAGUAUAUUGCAACCCACACUUUCAGAUGUGGCUUGUACUCUGUCAGUCCAUACCUGAACGAUCUGUGCUGCAAUCGCAUUGGAAACUCACAGAACUUGGUAACUUCACAUCAGCACUUGAGAAAUAGCAGCAGGAUGGGGAAAGGAAUAUAACAUCGGGAAGAAUGAAUGAGAAUACACCCAUUUGGAAACGCAGUGGGAAACACUCUUAGGCAUACAUGAAAAAAUAGUGUUGAGCAGUGCUGGUUAGAUCUUGCUACUUGGGUUAACAUGCUCAUCAGCUUCACAAAAAAAGUUAUUUGUUAUAGGUUAGUCUGGAUCUGAUUUUGAUGUGUGAGAGUCCUUUUGACCCUUCGUGCUGCUCAAAGAAGCUAUUUGCAAUUGAAAGUAUUUAAAGUAAUUCCUUGGAAACUUGAUUAAAAUGUCCAGAACAUUCACGGGGUGUGUGCCUUGUGAGAUUGUUGUAUUGUGCACUUUACUGACUGUUUUUCUCCACACACAAAAUGGAAUCUUGAGUAAAUUAAUAAACAGAUUUGCCUUAUCCCCA